AAAUCAGUAAAGCUGGAAGUUCUGCAGGAGAUAUGAUAGUUAUAGAAAAUGAGAAACCUGGCUUUAUUUGUACUAGUGAUUCAGAAUCUAGUAAAGUCGAAAGCUCACCUUCGACUGCAAUCAAUCUUGUUCAGAAAUUAACAAAAGACAUUUCAUUUGUACCAUUGUUUCUCAAAGUUGACAAGCAUACAAUUGUUAUUAGUUCAAUUGGAUAUUCGUCUCUUGAAAAUUACUAUGGUGCAGGAACAGGAUAUAUCUUAAUAAUAAUAACAAAGAUAAGUGAACAACAAUGA